CAAUUGUAUUAUCUCUGUAAGCAGUUCACUACUUGACAUAAAGAAGAGUCUCAGGCUUUGUCUCUUAACAUAAUACAACGGGUUUUCUGCAGGUACAAAUUGAGAUAUUUUAACUCUCUGGUUUUACUAAUGGUGAUGUGUCAAAAACCCCAAUAUACAUGUCUUAGUCAUGUAAAAAGUCUUCAUUCUCCUUUGCAAAAUACUUGUAGGGACUUUUGCCAGCUCUGAUGGUUGUUCACAUAAUUAAUAUAGCAUACCUAACUUAGAGGCGUGCAACAUCUCCUUUUGAAAUACAGUUAUGCUCAACUGAAGUCAGCUUCCCAUUUUUAUUUGUGGCUUAUAGUAAAUGCCCCGAGUGCAUUUUGUGCUCGGAUUAAUAACCGCUUUAUCAUCACAAGCCUUCCUGGGGCUACCUCUUUGGGGUUUCUUUAUUUUGUCUUUUUUUGUUUCCUGAAACAGCAUCAGCCUGAUUCUUUCUAGCAUUUGUAAGGUGGGAAGUCCAUGAAAUGAUCUGUCCCCUUUAUUCAGAUCAUUCAUUUCACAUUUGGAAACUGGUCUUAUUUCUAGGAAGCAGGGCAGUGGUACAAGCUGCCUGGGGUAAGUGCUCCGGUUGGGGAUUUAUCUUCGUUUUAGUUUAGUGUGACAUUCCAGGCGAUUGAAGUGAGCUCGGUUUCUCUUGCUGUCACUACUCAGGACUGCCAUCAGAAGGAGAUAGCUGGCAGUGCUCAUGCUGCUUUCCAUGUCACUAACUGGGAGCACAAUAAAGAGAGCUCGACUCACUGUAAGGUUCCUGAAAUGAAUGUGUGCAGAGACUUCAGUUAGCAGCUUCCCUCCAGCAAAGAGGUGGUCAGCACCUGGGUACCUCUGUCUUUCUCUCCUGCCUUCACUGCUGGGUCUGCUGCAGUCGGGUCAAGUGGCACUGCCCAACUUCUCAACAGCCUUACAGCUAGAGGAGAAUCCAUAGCAACAUAGGGAAAGAAAGAGGAGACAAGUUUUCAUUCCUGUCCAUGGAAAAAUAGCCUGUUGGAUUACCACCUGGAAACUGUGGGAAGUGCCAACAUGAGCAACAAGGGGCCCGUGAACCCUGGCUCAUCUACCCUGACUGAGGGCCUGAAGAGAAAGAGGGGAAGACCAAAGAAGCAGCCACAGGAGGGGGCUGUAGGACCAUUGCCAGUGAAAAAACCACGAGGAAGGCCGAAAGGAAGCAAGAAAGUGACUACUGUAUCUGAAAAAGUGGUAGAACCUUCUGCUGGGAAAAGGCCAAGAGGGAGGCCCCGCAAGUGGCCUCAACCAGUGGCCAAAGGAGAAGCAUCUCAGGAAGGAAAUCCUCAGGGAAGCAGUGACUUGAAUUCAAACUCGGCACCAGCCACACAAGGCAUCACUGGAAAAGAUGGUUCCAGGCCCGACAAAACUCCUGAUCGUAGGAGAUCUCUGGGUAGCAUCCCUGCCACAGAUCAGUAGUAUUCCACCUGUCCACACCUUGCUAAAGCCAGAGGACUGGGAAGCAAACAUGAGUUUCAAUGUCCUAUUUCAGAUUUUUCCUUUGUGAUAACUUUGGCCAAGCUUUCUCUCCUGUUGUCUGCUGCCUUACCUCAGACAUCCAAACAGGGACUCAGGGGAAGAAUGGCAAAUGCCUUGUUGGAGAGAUGCCUUUCACAGUUUGUAUGUAUCUUUUGUAGGUAUAUUAAUCUUUCUUAAAAACACUUGGAUAACAUGGUGCCUUACCCUGCUAUGGACAGCAAGAGUUGAACAGAAACAUGGCAUUGACUCAGUAAUGCAGAUACAGUAAUGGAAAUCUAUUUACACAGCUAAUUGCUGAACUUCUGUAUCAUACCACCUUGGGUGGAUUGAUGGAGCAGUCCCAAGAGCUAAGUUUUACACAGUUGUGUAUAGGGUUUGCAUCUGAAAGACAGGUUUUGU